UACACAUGACUAGUGCGCAUGUCUGUGUCGUUGACGUUAAAUCUGCCAGCCUCAGUGACACUGCAUCAGAGCCGCCGUGUUUGUAUAGCCAGGGUGAAAGGGUAGCUGGAAGUGGAAUCUGACGGGUCUAUUUUCAAAUUCAUUUAUUCAGUCUAUAACUUCAAACACGGUAGACAUGGUCCAGGAUAAAUAGUCGAAGAGUCGGAGUUUUCUAUGGCGGUUAUGUCAUACACAAACGCCUUUGUGUUCAGUUUCCAGUGUGCUGUAAAAUAGUGCCAGGUUGUCAGUUUCGCCAGGUACUGGUCGCAUUGACAGAGCUGGCAGUAUUAGUGUACGGACUGCCACAGUACACAGCGUUAGCUAUUUCACGUUGGCCGAGGCUGUGGCUGCUGCUGCAGGCCCUACAAUCAGAUAUGGGAAUCCUCUUCACCAAACUAUGGAGGCUGUUUAACCAUCAAGAGCACAAAGUCAUUAUUGUGGGUUUGGAUAAUGCUGGGAAGACGACAAUUCUCUAUCAGUUUUCAAUGAAUGAAGUGGUACACACGUCCCCGACCAUAGGCAGUAAUGUCGAAGAGAUUGUAGUCAAUAAUACACAUUUCUUAAUGUGGGACAUUGGAGGCCAGGAGUCUCUGCGAUCCUCUUGGAAUACCUACUAUACAAACACAGAGUUUGUAAUUGUUGUCGUGGACAGCACAGACAGAGAGAGGAUUUCCGUAACAAGAGAUGAACUCUACAGAAUGUUAGCACACGAGGAUCUUAAAAAAGCAGGGUUGCUGAUAUUUGCAAACAAACAGGAUGUCAAAGGCUGCAUGUCAGUAGCUGAAAUCUCCCAGUACCUGAAGCUGACCUCUGUUAAGGAUCACCAGUGGCACAUUCAGGCUUGUUGUGCCCUUACUGGAGAAGGGCUUUGUCAAGGACUGGAAUGGAUGAUGUCUAGACUUCGAGUCAGAUGACCUCAACCGACCCCGUAGAUGGACGAUUUCCUCUCUGUUGCUUGCCUUUCUGUGAAGGCUUCAAUGAACCCCAGUGGGUCUGACGGUUAUUUAUUAUACAGACUAAAUGAACGUGCCCCUCUUCAGAACCGUGAACGACAUUUUUUUUUAACAGAACAAGACACGUUCUUUUCAAGUUGUUUUUAUUUCUCUCCUUACAAAGAUGGAAAUGAACACUAGGACUGUGUAAACUGUGUAUCCAAGUUUAAUUCAGCUCAGGGUAGACCUAGCAUUUGGGAAGUAUUAUAGAAGAACAAUAAUUAUUGCCCUGUCUUUACAGUAUUUAGCAUUACUUUGUGCCUGCCUCAUAACCCUUCAAAGAUGCUGAAAGAAGCUGGUCUUGUAGAAUAUCAUUAAAUAAAGCCCUUUUACCUAUCAAAGAUGUGCAGACAGUUCUGUGAGACCAAGGGAGGGAACAUAAUGUAACUGAACAAUGGACAGUAUACUCUACUGUGGCAUCCAACCACAGGGUUUUGUAUGUAUUUUUAAGAACAGUACUGUGCUGUUUCAUGUCACUAUAUUCUUUGAUUUCAGAGGGAUGGGAGAAUAAGUAUUGUGACCUGGACUCUCAAUCUCAAAUGUUAACUCUUUUAUCUGCUGCAGUAACCACGGUGUUGUAUUUUUUUUUUAGUUAUAUUUAUGUAAUGCUAUGGUGUCCCUGUUUUGUUGUCAAUAAUAACUCCUGAGUAUUGCCAUGUGUAAUGUGCAGCAUCAAAAAUAAAUAGGCCUUGUUGUUUUGAAUGACCAGCAUUGUAGUUAAAGAGGUGUCUUCCUCUUUUUUUGGGGGGUACUUUCCAGGAUCGAAGUCACUAACUUUAAAGCUUUGUUCUUUUCCCCCUUUAUUUUCUUUGCGUACCUGGUUGUAUUGAGCCUGGAAUGCCAUGACAGCGAGCAGACUGCGGGUGGGCAGUGGGCAGACUUAUCCCCAACAAUGUGUACUGUACAUUGAUACAUGGUUUACAUGUGGAGCUUUUACAUCUGUUGUGAUUAAACUUUAAAACCAAAUCCUUUACCCGUGUUCCAGUAAUUUGGUCUGUAGCUCUACGGUAAAUCUAAAGCAAGGAUACUUUAAACUUUCAAUGGAUCUAUCAGAUGGACUUAAAAUGCCAUUGAGUGAUUGCCUUUGGUUUUCCACACUCUUGGGUUAUGUGCAGGAUCCUCAUAUGUUUCUAGUGAAUUUGAAACCUAAAUGAAAAGAAAGGUUUAUCUAAGAAGGUCUAGGGAAUAUUAUUGCAGAAGUGAGGCUGAGCUAUAAUGGGUGUUUUUGAUUUAAUGGCAAUGCUUCAGACUGAGUGGUGUUUUUUUUUUUCUGACACGGACUAUCCAACAUGAGACUGUCAUGUUAAAAUGAUUUGAUUAUACUUGAAUUAAAGCCCAUGAGCACUUUGACCCUAUAGGUCCCGCAGUGGCCGCUAGCAUCUUUCUUAAAUUCUUAGCAUGCCUGCAUACAGAUGCCCAUAUCCUUUUCUUGUUAACAAGCGCAGCUUUGCUAUUGUAGACCACCAGGCACAGGAAAAGAGCACUCCAGGAAGGGUUAAUAAUUCAUUGCAUACUGUGUUAGGAUAGGGUUUUUUAUUGUAUUUUUUAGAAUGAAACAUCACAGUUGGUUAUCAUUUCAUUAAACUGCAAGAGUUUGCUUUUUUUGUGGCUGUUGACUGUUGCUUAAAAUCAACUGCAAAGAGAGGGUUACAAAAAAACCUUUCUGAAAACCAAGGACAAUCUUUAAUUGAACUCUUCAAAGCAGUAUUCAAUAAGACUCUUUUGACUAAUAGAAUAAUGUGACGCAGGUGUAGUGGCGGUACAAGUAUAUCCGCACCUGUGUCACACUUAAAUUUCAGCUGUUUACUUUAGUCAUAUAUAUAUAUAUAUAUAUAUAUAUAUAUAUAAUUUUUUUUUUUAAUUUAGUAGUCACUAAUUAUUUUUUUAUUAUUUUCUCCCAAUUUAGAAUAUCCAAUUAUUAUUUAAGCUCAGUUUACCACUACCACCCUUGCGCUGACUCGGGAGCGGCGAAGACAAACACACACUGUCCUCCAAAGCGUGUGCCGUCAGCCGACUGCUUCUUUUCACACUGCAGACUCACCAUGCAGCCACCUCGGAGCCACAGCUUCAGAGGACAACGCAGCUCUGGGCAGCUUACAGGCAAGCCUGCAGGCGCCUGGCCAGACUACAGGAGUCGCUGGUGUGUGGUAAGCUAAGGACACCCUGGCUGACCUAAACUGCUCUGUCAAUUGUGUGCCGCCCCCUGGGAACUCCCGUCCAUGGUCGGCAAUGGAAUAGCUUGGACUCGAACCGGCGAUGUCCAGGCUAUAGGGUGCAUUAUGUGGACAGAACAAAUUCAGAAUCUAUUAUGUUACUUUGAGCUAACUUUGCAUGAGGUCUGACCUGUGGUAAAGUAGGUUGGGCAGAUGAAGGCUAUAUCUUCAGAAAUGCUCAUUUGUUACAGGAAGUUAUUCCACAUUCUGUGAAUGUAGGUCUUUGUGAGCUACUUUUUCACAUUACUGAUGCAUAAUUGACUAAGCUAUCGGAUGCUAUUUGUGAAUUGCUUGUAUAGUUUGCAUUACUCUGUGCAUGAUUUGUUUAUUGUGAGAUUCAGUUCCACAUACGGUGGAUGUAUAUUUUAUGUGAUUUCCUGUGUAGCAAAAAUGAUUAAAUCAGAGUUUAAUUUGUGUAGACAUGCAUUAAAACAAAUGAAAAGUUG